AUGAAUUUUCGCAGAAAAUAUGAUGAAGUUCUUGUCGAAAAACAUCGAUUCCAUCUGAAAAAUACCGGAAUAGAUCAAAUAAAAAAUUUCAUAAAACAAAAUUAUGUAAAUGUUGGUAUUGCAUUUGAUAAAAAUUUCAAUCGCAAAUUAGUUACACUAAAUAAAAUCAUAUCUAUCAAUUAUGUUGUUAAUAAACUAAAUGGAUAUAUAAAUAUCGAUACAGAUAAAAAUGAUUUAUUAUAUGAUGAUCGAAGUAACUUAAUUAACUAUGAUAUCCGUAUUUAUGCAUAUGAUAUAGAAAAUAAACAAAUUCAAAUGGACAAUUGUAGUUAUAAUUACGAUUUAUAUUGCAAUUCGAUUUCAGUUACUUGUAUUGAUGGCAGAAAUACAACAUUUAUAAUGGAUCCAUUUGGAUAUUUUGGUUUUGACAUACUUACGGAGAUACCAUCGAAUGGAAAUAUUUCUAAUUAUCUAAAUGGGCGUAAUGCAGGUUUAUUGGUUUUACAAACAAAUGAUAUUAAGUUUUAUUUUAAUUUUGCUGGUUACUUUAAUAGUGCAACAGCUUUAUUAAAUCCAUCAGCUGGAAGUUGGAGAGGACUUGGUAAUGCUGUCGUCGGUGGAGCGAUAACAGGAACUGAUAUCGUUCUUGGAGGAAUCAUCGGUACUCAAUUUAGAACAGCUGCAGGAUUGGCUACUAUUUUCACCGUAGGAUUUGUAGGUGUAUUUGCUGGUAAUUGGCAUGAAAGCCUUGAAUCAAUAUUUUUGCAAAAAGUUUAA